CACCGACAUUCCCUCUUGGAUCGGGAAUACAUGUUGGCGCCUGCACAGGGCAUGCUGUCGCUUUAAGAGACACAACACCUCCCAGCAGCAGUCAGAUCUUGAACGAGUUUCGUUGCAACAAACAGGGUGUCUCAUACAGACAACACACAGCAGGAUAAACCGCACAGGAAGUGGAGCGGCCGACGGCGCACCGGGCUCAUGAACCACUGAGAGGAAGCUGUGCGUAAAGUGACUGUCAGAAAAGUGUGAAGGGGAAGAAGCUGCGGCGAUUGUUCCGAGGGAAAUGUGAGUCAGCAGGUCCGAACAGUUGGUGUUUGUUGAGGACGCAGCCCUACAGCUGGACAUGGAUUACCGCCGCCCGCUUUGGAUUUAGUUAAGACGCGGCGCAACUCUCCGCGCGCAGCAGAACAGGUGGAUCCUGUUUCCGAGCCCCGCGUCACCUUCCUCCUCUGUCCGUAUGGGGAACCAGGUGGAGAAACUAACGCACAUAAACUACGCGGAGGUGCCCACGUCCGAUCCGAACGGGUUCGACCCCGACGGCGACGGACCCAGGAUCGGCGUCUCGUAUAUUUUCUCAAACGAUGAUGACGACGAUGAUCAGGAUGAGCGCGCGGAUCGAUACCCCCCCGAGAGGGAGCCGGUGAACCACGAGGAGAAGCCCUUCGACCUGCAGGACGAGCUGGACUGCGCCAUCUACUACAGGGAGGAGUGCGUGUACGAGCGCGCCGGCGGCGCGGCGGCGCACGCCCCGGAGAGCCUCCUGAACAGGUGCAGACCGGGAGACCUGCUGGAGUUUCUGGCCACCGGACAGUACCCGCACUGGGCCGUUUACGUCGGGGACUUCCAGGUGGUUCAUUUGCACCGCGCGGAGAUCAAGAACAACUUCCUCACCGACGUGAGUCAGGGCAAAAAGGGCAGGAUUGUGAACGCUCUCUACAGGUUCCGCGCGCUCCCGCCGGAAGUGAUCGUGCGCAACGCUUUGGACCACGUUGGCACGAGAGACCGAGAACUCAGUUGGAGGAACUCUGAAUGCUUUGCCGCGUGGUGUCGCUUUGGCAAGCGGGAAUUCAAAAUCGGAGGGGAGAUACGGAUAGGAAAGCAGCCGUACAAGUUAAAGCUGCAGUUCUCUGAGAAGAAGAACCACGUCCUGGAGUUCCAAAGCUUGGAGGACGUGAUCAUGGAAAAGAGGAGGAACGACCAGAUCGGGAAAGUGGCUGUGACGCAAGAGCUGGCUAAUCAUUUAAAUUCCACUCAUGAAAUCAAAGGAGAUUAUUACGUCAACUGAUCCAAAAGCUGUCAAUCAUCUGGAAAUAAUAUUUUGGAGACUUUAUGGAGUCGUGCGCAAUGAUGAAGGAGCGCUGUUAACCUUAUAAGCCAGUUAAGAGCUUUGGCUAUCUGUGACACUGCCAACAAAUACGCAUACCCCACAGUUUCUGACAGUUUAUCCAUAAAUAAUCAGAUUUUUUUGGGAGGAAACAGUUGGUUCAGAUCUUAUAAGUGCACUCUGAGAGUUUGGAUAAGUCAAACUUUCCCUAUUUUCUCAAUCGACUGCAUCUGAAGAGAAUAAUUUAAUUGCUCCUAAUUAUUUUUCUAUCCCAAAUGAAUCUUUGCACAAAUGGAGAUUUUUUUUUAUCUGACAAUAGCGUGCCCCACUGAGACUCAGGUAUUGGAGACUAACCCCAGAAGUGGAGCAGACACAACCUGUAGCUUCUAUUGGAUUAUCACGUUCCUUUAUCUCCUGUCAUGCCACAGUUUGACCUCCGCUCAAAGCCAUGUCUGUGCACCUUUUAUUGUCCCAGCAGUUUUUACAAAAAAAUAUGUUUGUAUGAAGAAUUAUGGAAAUAAAUAUCUAUAUAUUUGAA